CGUAUCAGGAAAUAAAAGUAAACAAGAAUUCGGAGAGGAACAUGAUAUUCAGACAUUUAAACGUAGAAAAACUCAGUGGUUUUUCUGAUGUUUUAUUUACGGUGCAUGGAGUUUUUAUAUUCCGAGAAGGGGGACCCCAGUUAGAGGAUGACUCGUAGGAGACUCGUAGAAUCGAGAGGAAGCGGGUGCGGCAGAGGCUAACGACAGAUAGCUCGAUAUGGCAAUUUCUGUUGUGUUGUUUUAAAUUUUUCACAGGAUGAAAUGCCCUCACGACCAUGGCUUAAACGCAGCUCUUCGACUUUAGAUUUAGCCAUGUUAGCCAUCAGAUCGUCCGAGGAGGAGUCCGCUGAAAAUGAGGAGAUGGACACCUCAGAGCCCAACUGGUGUUGGUUUUAUCUGGCCGAAUGUGGAGUUUGGCACAUGUUUGAGAUUGAUCCCAGUGCCGCCUGCUCUGUGACCAGUGCUCAGAUUGAGCAAUGUUACAACAGGAACCAACGUGGGGUCAUGGAGUUUUACACAGCCAAGUAUACAUACAGACUGGACUUCUCAAUUAUGCGCCAAAUAAAUGUAACAACAGGAAAGCAGCGACCAAUUAAACGCUCACUCCACUCUGCAACUGGCUUCAGGUUUAUUUGUGAUAAUCUGGCCUUGCCUGUGCCCUGUCACUGGGAGAGAAUCAAUACAGAUGAGCCUUAUCAGCUCAUCCAGCUCGGCAGAGACACAUAUGAGUUUAAAGAAGUAGCCAGACUGUACGAGAGGACAAUGGAUCACCCAAUCAAAUCCAUCCAAAGGAUUCAGAACCUGGAUUUAUGGGAGUUCUUCUGCAGGAAGAAAACACAGUUGCGAAAAGUCAAGCGAACACUGGAUAUUGAGGAGCGAAUGCUGUUUCAUGGCACAGGACACAGCAACAUACAAGCUAUAUGUACAUUUAACUUUGACUGGAGGCUGACAGGAAGUCAUGGCGAUGUUUAUGGCAAAGGGAGCUAUUUUGCCCGGGAUGCCAAAUAUUCCAGUAAGUUCUGCCACACCACAGGGAAACACAACACCACCUUGCAGAGACACGGACUCGCUCCGCCUAUAUUUGCCAGCGACCCACCAUAUAAGACCAUGUUCCUGGCCAGAGUGCUUGUUGGAGAGCACACAGUCGGCCAUCCUAUGUACUGCAGACCGCCCUCCAAGGACGCCAGCUUCACCAACUUUUAUGACAGCUGCGUGGACGAUAUGGCGAAUCCAAAGAUCUAUGUGAUUUUUGACAGCAACCAGAUUUACCCAGAGUAUCUGAUUGAGUUCUACUGAUGCCAAACAAAACAAAACUGUCUACUUUUUUAUACAUACAUAUACAGUUUGUAUCUGUAAUAUGAACGAGAAUCAAAUGAUAUGAUUUACUGAGAAAAGAAGCCUCUUAGGAGACGGUUGUUGUUGUUUUUUGUUUUUGUUUUUUUACUUCAGUCAGAUCCAGUGUCUAAUUGGAUCAUAGGUCAUCCAAAGUGCCUUUGGAGAAGUUGGAAAAAGCACGAGGACAAUUAUAACAUUGUGUACAGUUUCUAUACUGCACAGUACACUCCAGGGCAGGGAUUUUGGGGAAUUUCUAAGAAUGUUCAUGUGACAAAAUGGAGAAAAAAGGGAAAAAAUAGGACUUAAAAGCUGCGUUUUCAGCUUGCAACUUAAAGUUUUGUAUUGAAUUAGAAGUCUGUGCUUUCUUGUUCAAUAUGUCUAAACAGUUGUGUGAAAUAAGGGCAGCCCCCCUGCAGCCUAUAGGUUAUACAGUAGGUGAUGUCCAGCCUUUGGGAGCAUCAUUUCCUUUACAUCCAUAGUGCCACACAGACGCUUAUGUGAGAAACCAAAAACAUGUUCCGAUUGCUUAUUAUGUCCUAUGUGCGGUCAAGUUAGCGACAUUUAAGUCUGUUUGCAAUUAGUACAAUGUGUUGCAAAUGGGUGAUGGAUGAAAGUAAAGACUCUGACCUCUAGAACUGCUCCACAUCACCUUCAAGUUUGUGGAACUUAGCUGACUGGAGGAGCAUACCCUAACCACAUGUUUGCUCUUUACCACAUUAGUACAAAGGUGUUUGGUUGGGUUUAAAUUAUUUCGCUUAAUUUGUCGCCCAUAUAUGGCUUGAAUUUGCAUAGAUUUUUUUUUUUAUAAAACCUUCUACCUCUGCAUUCUUUAACCAUGCAUCAGUGCACUUUUCUCCCUUUCUGUGAAAGGUUUUUACAGCUAUGUUACAAUGGCAUAAAUUUGUUGCAUUCACUUGUCAUCGCUGAGGAGUGUGUUUUAUCCUUUCUGACUACAGAGCGUGACUUACGGCUAUUAUUAAGCAUGUGCAGCUUAAGUUCAUUUCAAGAGAUGACAAGGUUUAUCGUCAUACUUGGAGAAACAGAGUGUGAUUUCAUGAACUGUUAACUCCUUUGUAUGAGCACAGGCAGGUUAAUGUUGCACCUGCUGUACGUUCAUCCCAUCUAAAAGGAAAGAUUUAGCCAGCACAUGUGUCGUACUGUAACAAUUCACCCACACA